AUGUAUCGUACAACCUUGCGAUCGGCCUCGAGGCCUGUAAUUGCUAGUCUGCGCUCCAGCACCCUCCGCGCCGCUCCGAGACGAUUCGCUUCUACUGCUGCUCCUGCCGACAAGUCCCGGACAUGGAAGAGCUCCGUUGCGCGAUUGGGUCUGGCCGCUGCGGCUGUGUAUUACUACAACACCAGCCCGGUCUUUGCUGAGGAGGCUGCUUCACAAAAGAUUGCCGCACCCGCUGCCUUUUCCGACGAUGAUCUUCCCACAGUCGACUCCGUUCUCGAGGAGAAGCGGAAACAGAUCAAGAAGCAGAGCCCCGAAAAGAAGCCCGCCGAAUCGCCCGAGCCCGAGACUGGUGCACAGAGCACAGUAGCCGCCGAUGGAUCACCCGCUGCAUUGGAGGAGGAGGCCGGCCAGCAGGGCGCCUUUAACCCCGAGACUGGAGAGAUCAACUGGGACUGCCCUUGCCUGGGUGGCAUGGCUCAUGGACCUUGCGGCGAGGAGUUCAAGACUGCCUUCAGUUGCUUCGUGUUCUCAACUGAGGAGCCCAAGGGAAUGGACUGCAUCGACAAGUUCCAGGGCAUGCAAGAGUGCUUCAAGAAGUACCCCGAGAUUUAUGGCGCUGAGCUAGCCGACGACGAGGACGGUGCCCCUACCCCCGACUUUGGCGACGAGCAGCCCGCCCCCGAUGCCCAAAAGACUUCCGCCGAGCCCAUCGCCCAAUCCACACCAACGCCUCCUCCCCAAGAGGCUCAGAAGGAGUCACCAAAGGUCCAGCCCGAGGCUGCUCCCGUAGAAAAGAAGCCCGAGGAGGAGAAGAAGCCAGAAGAGCCCAAGGUUGAGGUGCCCAGGAAGACCUUGGAGUCGGAGCCUCUGCAAUCCCACGACGCAACUGCUGCGAAUGCAGAGAUUAAGAUUCUUGAGCAGGAGGCUGCACGAAAGAAGGCCGAGCAGAAGAAGUAA